AUGGCGAGAUCUCUAGCCUACGGAGGCGGCAUCUUUGUUGCACUCAUCGCAAUUCUCUAUCAGUUUCUCUUCAAACACGUUAUAUUUGAGGUGUUGGGUGUUGGACGUUCCGUUUCGUCGAUUGAUGCAUUCAACGCAACUUGUGAAAGGAUUGAUAAUCUCGGCCUUGAAGGCUGUGAAGAUUUAUGGUUUCAUUAUGACACCGGAUACCUAUAUAUGGCCUGCUCCGAUAUCCAAAGUCGCUUGCAGUGGCUUCCCGGUGCCAGCCGUCUGAACAUUUCCGGACGAGGUGUAGCAGAUAGAAUUGGCAUUUUGGAUACCCGAGGAGAUGGUUCUUUGGAAUCUCGUCUCCAGUGGAUGACAACCGAGAAUUUCUCCGGCAACAAUGGAGACGGUACCUUUAGCCUACAUGGGUUUGAUAUCCGUCCAGAUCCGAAGACUGGUACUUUGCGUAUCCUUCUCAUCAACCAUCGACCUCCAAUAGAUCCAAUAACUGGUGCCCCACUUGAUGCUGGGGCACUAGGUGCCAAUUCUACUAUAGAAUUGUUUCAUACCCAAGUUGGAAGCAUUUCAAUGAAACACAUAAAGACAUACGCAGAUCCUGCGAUCCACACCCCCAACCAGGUGGCCUGGGUGAAUGAUGAUGAUUUUGUGUUCACGAAUGAUCAUAGUCACAAGGUCGGAUUUCGUCGCGAUCUAGAGGUUUUCCUUGGUGGUGGAAGUAUCGGACACUGCGAAUUACGUGCGAACCACUGUAAUAUAGUCUUCUCUACUGGCCUUAAUGGUCCAAAUGGACUGGUUACAGGGCGUGAUGGACUGAUAUAUGUCCCAAACACAUUUUUGCACGAAAUACAAAUCUUCUCGCUCACAGAAGAGAAGACUCUAUUGAAACAGGAUACGUUACAAGCACCAUACCCCAUUGAUAAUAUGAGUAUUGAUGAGAAUGGCGACAUCAUAGCUGCAUCACUUCCACAAGGUUUUAAGUGGUUCCAAAAUUUGGAUGAUCGAUCAAUCCAGGUUGGUGCGGCAGUCGUACGAAUUCGAAGAAGAGGAUCUGAUUUUGAUCGUUUGAUCAAAGAGGGUGUAAGAAAAGAGAAGGAUCUUGGGAAGAGCGAGGAGGGUUAUAUUGUUGAAACCAUGGUGGAAGAUGACGGAAAGAUUCUGACAGCAGCAACGGCCGCUAUUCAUGACGCCAAGAAUGGGAAAUUGUACCUUGGGGGUAUCACGGUACCAUUUAUCAUGACUUGUAAGAUGAAGAAUUAG